AUGAUCACAAGGGAAUAUGUCACUCUGUUUCUGCUGGGCUCCUGCUUCCUGUUGGACUGCAGCUCCCAAAACCCCCUGAAGGUUCUGCCCCAGAGCAAAACGAAGGCUGCAGUGAUGUCAGCUAGGGGAGGGGCUGGAGCUAAGCCUGUGAGAUCAUCUCUGGAGGAAGUGACAUCAUUAGAGGGCAGGACGAGGCUGAGGAGACACGGGAGGUCGAGGGUGCAGCGUACAAAAAGAGGAUGGGUGUGGAACCAGUUCUUUGUGCUGGAGGAGUACAUGGGAUCUGAACCUCAGUAUGUUGGGAAACUCCACACAGACAUGGACCACGGAGACAAUGCAGUCAAGUACACUCUGUCAGGAGAAGGAGCAGGGUCCAUCUUCACCAUCGAUCAGACUACAGGAGACAUUCAUGCACUGGUGGGGCUGGACAGGGAGGAAAAGUCGUACUACACGCUGACUGCCCAGGCUGUUGACAUCCACUCAGGCCUGCCUCUGGAGCCGCAGUCUGAGUUCAUCAUCAAGGUGCAGGACAUCAAUGACAACGAGCCACGAUUCACUGAUGGUCCCUACAGUGCCACUGUCCCCGAAAUGUCUCCAACAGGAACUUAUGUGACCCAGGUGACUGCCACAGAUGCAGAUGACCCCACAUAUGGCAACAGUGCACGUAUCGUCUACAGCAUACUUCACGGCCAGCCAUACUUCUCUGUGGACCCAAAGACAGGAGUGAUCAGGACAGCUCUAGCCAACAUGGACCGCGAGGUGAAAACAGAGUACCAGGUUCUACUUCAGGCAAAGGACAUGGGAGGUCAGCUAGGGGGGCUGGCCUCCACCACCACCAUUAACAUCACCCUCAGCGACGUCAACGACAACCCACCACGCUUUGCUAAGAGUAUUUUCCAUCUGCGGGUGCCAGAGUUAGCGUCAGUUGGCUCAGCAGUGGGUCGGAUUCAGGCCCACGAUCUGGAUGCUGGCAGCAAUGCAGAGGUGGAUUACACCAUAGUUCCAGGAGAUGAGGGCAACAUGUUUGACAUCAUCUCCUCUGACCAAAGUCAAGAGGGAGUGGUAGUCUUGAAAAAGACUAUUGACUAUGAGACCAAGAAGUCAUACACCUUCAAGGUGGAGGCAUCCAACCCACAGCUGGACCCCCGUUUCCUCCACCUAGGGCCCUUUAAGGACUCAGCGACAGUCAAGGUGAAUGUCUUGGACGUGGACGAGCCCCCUGUCUUCACCACGUCCUCCUACUCUCUGGACGUGUAUGAGGACACUCCUCCAGGAACCAUUAUCGGCUCUGUAACUGCUCAGGACAUGGACGCCAGCAGCAGUGCUGUCAGGUAUUCCCUGGUGUGGCAGACAGAGUCGGACAGCUGUUUUGACAUCGACACUGUUGAAGGAACCAUCUCCACUAAUGAUUACCUGGACAGAGAGACCGCUGUUCAGCACAACAUCACUGUGGUGGCAACCAAAGUCAACAACCCUCUGCUGUCCAAUCAAGUGUCAGUGACCAUCAACGUCUUGGAUGUGAACGAGUUUCCUCCUGAGUUGGCACUUCCUGCAGAUACCUUUGUGUGUGAGAACUCCAGAGUGGGACAGGUGAUCCAGACAGUCAGUGCUGUGGACAAAGAUCUUCCUCCUGUUGGACAGAGGUUCUUCUUCAAGACCCCCAAAGAGCUUCGCAACAGAAACUUCACUGUUCGAGAUUUUGGAAAUAACACUGCUGGCAUUGUGACUCGACGGCCGCACUUCCAGCGGCGGCUGCAGGAUGUCUAUGUUCUUCCUAUUGUGGUUGAAGACAGUGGUUACCCUGCCCAGAGCAGCACUGCCACCCUCACGAUCCGAGUGUGUUCCUGUGAGACAGGAGGCUCGCUGCUGACCUGCUCAGCUGAGGCCAUCUUCCUGCCUGUAGGCCUCAGCACUGGAGCUCUGAUGGCUAUUCUACUAUGUGUAGCUCUGCUGAUCGUCAUGGCAGCUUUAUACAUGGGCCAGAGGCGCCACAAAGAGAAGGACACCCUGAUGACAUCAAAAGAGGACAUCCGUGAUAAUGUCAUUCACUAUGACGACGAGGGCGGAGGGGAGGCUGACACUCACGCCUUCGACAUGGGCACUCUGCGCCACACACACUCACAGCGCACCAGUACCCACAGCACCACCUCCAAGAAGGAGAAGAAUGGCUACGGAGACGGGGUCCUGCUGCAUCUCAGCAGCCGCUGCAGUGACGUCCGCUCACCUGACAUCCAUCGUCAAACGGCCAGCGUUAUCACUGCCGUCAACAACAAGUCCUCGCUGCCAUCCCGCAACAGAGUGACUGAGGGUGAUGCUAAGAUGGUCAAGGAGUUCAUCGCCCAGCGACUGGAGGACACUCAGCAGGGUUAUGCUGCCCCACCCUAUGAUUCUCUGGCGACGUACGCCUACGAGGGUGAUGGUUCUGUGGCUGGCUCACUCAGCUCCAUAGAGGAGUCAUGGGUCAUUGACGAUUCAGGAGACUUUAGCUCCCUUGGUGACUGGGGACAGCCCUUCAAAACACUGGCGAGCAUUCUGGACAGACAGCCGCCGACUCUGAGCGAGGAGAGCUGA